AUGGGUAGGGGCCGUCGCAUGAAUAAGAAACAGGGGCCCCCGCCCCCGCUUGACGAGUCCAAGAUCACCAUCCUCAAGAAGCGAAAAGCCGCCGAGGCCGACGCAAAGGAAGAGACAGGCAAGAAGCGGAGGAAAGCCGAGCUUGAGCAGGAGCAGAAGCAAAAGCAAAAGCCGAAGCAGAAUGGGGUAACGGUCAAUGGGAAAGCAAAGGGCGACGGCGCUGACAAGCCCGCAAAAAAGGAAAAGGAAAUUGAAAAGAAGAAGCCGGCCAAACUCAUUGAAUCGGAGUCCGAAGAUGAUGAGGAGGAUAGCUGGGGCAGCGAUGCCGAAGAUAUGAUGGAUGAUGAGUUCGAUGACCUUGACGGGGUCAGCGAUGGGUCUGGCGGAAGCAGUAUGGAAGAGGACGAGGAAGACGGCAAAAAAGUUUUCGACGAGGAUUCCGUGUUCGAUUCAGAGGAAGAUGAAGAAGAUGAAGAAGACCAUCCCCGGAAGUCCAUGUUCUCGGACGACGAAGACAUGUCUGAUGCAGAGGAGAAACUAACGGCAGCCAACAUGGAGGGUCUGUCGCGCAAAUUGGACCAGCAAAAAGCAGAGGAGGAGGAGGAGGCUCGAAAGGAGAUGCAAGAUUCGGCCUUGCAGACCAACAUCGCAGGCGAUCGUCCCGACGUGUUUGGGGAGGCCGAGGAGCUGAAAAAGGCUGGGCUGGCCCCGGACAUGAAGCUGCUCCGGACGCGCAUCACCGAGACGAUUCGCAUCUUGAGCGACUUGCACAAUCUGGGCCAACCGGGCAAGUCCCGCGCGGACUACCUGCAGCUUUUGCAGGACGACAUCUGCGCAUACUACGGAUACACGCCAUUCAUGGCUGAAAAGCUCAUGUCGCUGUUCACCCCGAUGGAAGCGUUUGCCUUCUUCGAAGCGAACGAGACGCCGCGUCCGGUGGUCAUCCGUACCAACACGCUGCGCACGAACCGUCGCACACUGGCCCAGGCGCUGAUCAACCGAGGUGUGGUGUUGGAGCCCGUGGGCAAGUGGUCCAAGGUCGGUCUGCAGGUGUUCGAGUCGCCUGUGCCUCUGGGUGCUACACCAGAGUACCUGGCCGGCCACUACAUGCUGCAGGCAGCCUCGUCCUUCCUCCCUGUCAUGGCUUUGGCUCCGCAGCCCCACGAGCGUAUUCUGGAUAUGGCCGCCGCUCCUGGUGGUAAGACGACAUAUAUUGCAGCGCUGAUGCGGAAUACCGGCGUGAUCCUGGCCAACGAUGCCAACAAGGCGCGUGCCAAGGGUCUGAUAGGUAACAUCCACCGUCUGGGAGUCAAGAACACCAUUGUAUCGAACCUCGAUGCCCGCGAGGCAUUCCCCAAGAUCAUGGGAGGGUUCGAUCGGGUUCUGCUCGACGCGCCCUGCACGGGUACUGGUGUCAUCUCAAAGGAUCCCAGCGUCAAGACGUCCAAGACGGAGCGGGACUUCUUGGCCAUUCCGCACAUGCAGAAACAACUGCUGCUUGCAGCGAUCGACUCGACGGACCACCACUCCAAGACGGGCGGUUACAUUGUGUACUCUACGUGUAGCGUGACGGUGGAGGAGAACGAGCAGGUGGUGCAGUACGCGCUGCGGAAGCGGCCCAACGUGAAGAUCGUCGACACGGGACUGGGCGACUUCGGCAGCCCGGGAUUCAAGAGCUACAUGGGCAAGCAGUUCGACCCGAAGAUGACGCUGGCGAGACGAUACUUCCCGCACCGGGAGAACGUGGAUGGCUUCUUCGUGUGCAAGCUGAAGAAGACUGGUCCCAGCCCGCACAUGACGAAGAAGGGAGCAGCUGCAGCCAACAAAGACGCUGCCGGUGCAGAGAACGCCGACGGCGCGGCCGGCGAGGAAGAGGUCGUCGACAAGACGCCCAUCACAGACGAGACCGGCACACCGUUCGGCGAGCCUUCCUUCGGCCCGUUCGACGACGAUGCCGACGCGGAGAUUAUCGCACGGGGCGAACGCAGACGUAUCCGGAAGAAGGGAUUGAACCCGAAGGCGGUGCUGAACAAGCCGAAAAAGGGGGCAGCCAAGGAGGAGAAGAACGAGCAAGAUCAGGACCAGGACCAGGACCAGUUCUCUUCUUCUUCUUCGGAAUCUGACAACAAGAAGAAUGACACCGACAGUAAUAAUAAAGAGGAAGAAGAGAAGAAAGAAGAUGCCAAGUCUGCCGACAAGACCGACAAGACCCAACAACCCACCGAGUCAAAGGAUCAAGAAAAGCAAGAAGGAAAGCAAGAAAAGGAGCAGAAACAGAAACAAAAACAAAAACAACAAUCAUCAGACAAACCCAAAAGCCCCAAGAGUCCCCAUAGUCCCAAGGACAAGGGUAAAAAAUAA